UGGAAACAAUCGUUUUUAAAAUUUUAAUGCGCAACUAUAAGUACUUAGAUGACCGGUGGAAUACAUAACGCUUCUUUUGUUGCGUAAAUUUCGAGUGUUCGGUGUGCCCGCGCCUUGUGCAACAAUACCAUUUCUUUUUAAUUUUCGCAACGAGAAUACCACGCACAUACACUGGCACAAACGCCAAAGUGCAAAUGUGACAUAGGCAAGAUGAACCUUGAGGAAUACUUCAAAAGAAUCGGGUUCCAGGGCCCGCAUGACAAAGCGGACCUCACCACGCUGAAGUUGAUCCACAAGCAGCACAUCAUGUCCAUCCCCUUUGAAAACCUCGACAUGCACUGUGGCAGAACAAUCGGCAUGGACGUGGAAGUCAUCUUCGACAAGAUAGUUCGUCAGGGCCGUGGUGGCUGGUGUAUGGAGAACAACUUGCUGCUGUCCUGGGCGCUGAGAGAAAUGGGCUACGACGUCAUCGUGUUGGCCGCCAGGGUGUUCAAACGCUCCAUCGGUGACUUUUCCCCCUUGGAAGGUCACCUCAUUAAUAAGGUGGUGAUUGACGGGAAGCCCUACAUAGAAGACGUCAGCUUCGGGGGGUCCUCGCAACUGUGGGAGCCGCUGGAGCUCGUCUCCGGGAAGGAGCAAGUUCAGGUACCCGGAACCUUCCGUCUCAUUGAUAAAGGAGACUUCUGGAUUCUGGAGAAGACAGACAGGAAGCCGGAGAUUGUCAAUCCUGAGUUUGCCAAUUCCAAUCUGGUGAAUAGACAGUUGAUCAGGAACUUGUACUGCUUCACUCUGACGCCACGCGAUGCCGGAUAUUUCAUCGAUGCCACUCACAGUCUCCAGACGAACCCCACCUCGCUGUUUAUCAACAAGUCCAUCUGCUCCCUGCAAACGCCAACAGGCUUCAGGGUUCUUAUCGGAUGGACCUACAGUGAAGUCACAUUCCAGGUUAACCAGGGCGUGGACGUCUAUGAUAUGAGGGACGUGCCCAGUGAGGAGAUAGAGAGCCUUCUUCAAGACAAGUUCAACAUCCGUUUGCCGAACAAACUACAGCCUGUGAACAACCACUACAAGUACACACUCUAAAGCAGUGGUUCUCAAACUGAUGUCGUGGGAACUCCAAGGGUCCGCGAACCGUAAUUUGGGGGUCUGCAAAAUAAUUUGCA